AUGGAUAGAGAAUGGGGUUCAAAUCCCGGUAGCGGAGACACCGCCUCCGCCCAGAAUGAAGCCAUCGAUCACCGUGAACAGUUGCAGAGACUUGCCCUCGAAACCAUCGAUCUUGCCAAAGAUCCUUAUUUCAUGCGCAAUCAUCUCGGCAGUUAUGAGUGCAAGCUCUGUUUGACACUGCACAACAAUGAGGGGAAUUACUUGGCCCAGACGAACUUGGCCAAGGGAGCUGCUCGCGAGGCCAAGGAAGCACCAGCUCAGCCUCAGCCUCACAAGCGGAAAGUCACUCUCCGAAAAUUAGGUAAAAUAAUUGGGUCCAACAAUAAUAGAAAUGACUUAUUAUGUUGUUAUUGUUCAAUUGUAUACCUAAUUUAUGUGAAAAUUGGUAGGCCUGGUGGCUUGAUGGAAUAA